GCUCUUCUCUUCUUUACCCAGCAACAGCUACGUCAACUCAGAGACCUGCUGUGAUUGGCUGCAUUUAGCAAGGGGCUCUCCCUAACCCAGAAUCUGUUUCUUCUGUACCCGUUUUCUUCCUUUGCUCCCCACACAGACUGAGACUUUCUUGGUUAGAGCCCCAAAGGCCGAUGGCCGUCCCCGCGGGGCUGGUCCUGGGCCUCCACGCCUUGAUGACUCUCCUGAGCCCCCACAGAGCAGGGGCCAUCAAAGCUUCCGCCCCUGACACCCCAAACCCGUCUCAUCCAUUCCGGGCCUGCACACAGGUGCGGCGCAGUCCAGACAUGCUGGUGUCUCCUUUGCGCUUUUUUCAAGCGGACCACAUGGGCUCCUACGGACCAGCCUUCUACCAGUCUUACGAUGCCUCGGGCCAGUUCACCCACGACUUCGACGGGGAGCAGCUGUUCUCCGUGGACCUGAAGACCAGGGAGGUCGCGUGGCGUCUGCCUGAGCUCGGCGACGUCGCACACUUUGACCUGCAGACCGGGCUGGUCAGCAUCGCCAUGAUCAGGGCCCACCUGGGUGUGCUGGUGGAGCGCUCCAACGGCACCGGAGCCACCCCCGUGCCUCCCAGGGUCACCGUGCUCCCCAAGGCUCGAGUGGAGCUGGGCAAACCCAACGUUCUCAUCUGCAUCGUGGACAACAUCUUCCCCCCUGUGAUCAGUGUCACCUGGCUGCGCAACGGCCGACUCGUCACCGAGGGCGUCUUCCAGACCAGUUUCUAUCCCCAGCCCGACCACUCGUUCCGAAAGUUCCACUACCUGACCUUUGUGCCCACGGCGGCCGACGUCUACGACUGCAGGGUGGAGCACUGGGGCCUGGAGCAGCCGCUGCUCACGCACUGGGAGCCCCCGCUGCCUGCCGCGCUGCCCGGCACCACAGAGACCCUGGUCUUCGCCCUGGGCCUGGCCAUCGGCCUGCUGGGCUUCGUGGUGGGCACCGUCCUCAUCAUCACGGGCGCAUGCGUGUCCGGUGCCCCCAGCUGCAGAGGCCCCGGGAGCCCGGACCGCCCAGAGCGGGCUGGGGGUGGAAGAUCGGAGACUCUGUGGGGCAGGAAGGGUGACUUGGGUGAGCCGUGGACGGGAGUAGGAGAGCAGAGGUAGGCUGAGGAGUGAGGUCCGGGGGAAGCUGGGCACCCACGUAGGAUCCGGGAAUCACGAGCUUGAGUAACUGUUCCCAUGGCUUCUGCUACUUUAGGUAAUGACUCUUCUAAGAGAGACAAUGUGGGAGGGGCCUUCCGGAGUCCUGGGUUCUGACAGCCUUGGUCUCAGAAGCACACAGUCCACUAAGUUUCUCCCCGCCCCGCUGAUUUGAGUGGCAUCAACCUCUGUCCUGUAGGUGCCCCCUCUGUGGCUGCAGGGCUUCUGGUAGGAUCUGUGGGGUCACAAGCAGCUCAACCUUCUCACCCCAACACACCUACCUCCUUGCGCGCGCGCACACACACACACACACACACACACACACACACACACACUCAUGCGCACAAACACACACUCAUGCGCACAAACACACACUCAUAUUCUUACUUUACCCAGAGCCUUGACUAAGAGCUUUAAAUUCUUGUGCUGUCUGCACUGUGUCCUUUUAACCAGAUCUUGGCCAGUUCUCCCAGGUGAGAGGGGCGCUCAACCUGAAGUGGGCUCUGUGAGGACCACAGAGGUGACCACACUGGGCAGCCUCCUCAGGCCAGUCCUGCUGUGUCUCACUCUACGGCUUCUUGUGUGUUACUCUGUCAGUGGGCCAUUUCCCAAGGAUUCCAUGAAAUCUGCCUCCUGAAUUCAGAUUCAUCCUGAAGGUCAUGCAAUGGGUCAUUCACUGCAACUCCCUCCACCAACAGUAGUUCAGAAGGGCACAGGGAGAGGAAGGUUCAUGGGAUCCCACUUCUGUCUGGAUGAUAAGGCCACUGACGUCCAGUUAUCAUCUAACAAUGUCCUCUCAUUUUUCUACUUCGCCUGGAGCCCUGUGCACGACAAACAGAAGUCCAAGACAUGGAUCAGAUGGCCACUUCCUCCCUCCUCAGUGGGGACAGUCAGACUAGGCAAGAGGAGAGCAGAACAGAUCUGCAAGGUAUCUAGCAAGAGAGGAGGUCUAAGAUCCACCUGAGCGCUCUUUAAAUGUGGGGCCUGGAUGAUUUUAGCAGAACAAAAGUAAAAAGACUGUUGUAGGGGCAUCUCUGCCCAGUGUCAGCAGACUAUAGGGGCACAAGCUUCUUACCACCCCACCCCAUAGUGCAGCUGUGUACCCUGGAAGUAGCAGGGCUUGGCUGAGUUCAUUUCCAGGGGAAGCCAACUGGCUCCAACUAAAUUCUUCCCCCCUGUAUUAACCGUUUGUUCUGUUCAGCAAAGAUACGCUAGUGUGGGCAUUCUACAGUCCUGAGCAGGAUACUUGCUACCAGCAGGUGUCCAAGGCCCCCCCAGCUUCCUCUCUCCCCACCCUUGCAAUAAAUAGUCUUUGCUGCCCAAGACCUGGUUUCUCUCAAGUCUCUGUCUCUGUGUUUGUUUCCCUCUUUCCUACUUGUGGAUGUCAUACCCGCUCACAGAAGAUCGAGACCCACAGCUGGGGUUUUUGAUAACGUCUCUUAUACGCUAUAACUAUAAACAACCAUGUGAAGCAGUUUGUGUCAAGUACCACAUGGGUGGCACGCCUUGAUACCCACUGAUCUUUUGUUUGAAAUUUAAGUUCCUGUACUAUGACAAAGGUGUCUCUCAUCUCUGUCCUAAGGCUUAAUAAAGUCAUGUA